AUGGAACGAUCAGAAAUACGUCAUCUAAUUAAAACAAUGAAACAAAAUUCAAGAAAAAUUCCAUUAAAAAGUUGUGCUACAAUACCGCAUGCACCACCAUUUCUUUUGAGCAAAGAAUAUAAUAGACAUUGUCUUAAAAAAUCAUCAAUUGCCAAUGAAUUAGAUAAAGAGUUUAGUCGAAUACGUGCUCAACAACCAAAUCAAGAAUUGAGUUACGUUCCCCCAAGUAUGAUUUGCCGACGAAAAACACCCUAUUGUCCAAUCAAUCAAAAAACCAAAUCAAUCAAUAAAGAAAUUACACCAUCACCAUCGCCACCACCAACAUUUGCCGAUUUAUUGCGAACAGUUCAAUUGAAACCAAUUAAUACAAAAAAGCCUGCCAUAAAAAACUCAUUUAAUAUUAAAACACAAAAUGAUUCUAAUCAAACAUCAUCUGAAAUCUAUGAGAAUCCGGUUGAUAAUCAUACAACACAAAGUAAAUCAUCCGCAUCCGAUGAGACAGAUUCAUCUCAUCAAGAAAAUGAUGAAAACACGUUAAUGGAUUACUUAAGAAUAAAAAAUGAAACUGGUUGGAAAACAGAACGAUUAAGUGAAACUCGAUUGUCAACUGAAAAACCUGAGUAUGCUACACCAAUGCGAAAAGAUAUGGCUAUAACAAAACAGCAAACAGAAGAUAUUUCGACUGAUCCAGAAGUGACAACACUCUCCCAAUUUCAGCCAAGUUUACGUCUAAAAAGUGAACAACAAUCACGUAGUUUCAGUUUUUGUAAUCCAAUUAUUGAUGUACAACAGCGACAACAACAAAUACGAAAAGAUAAAAUUCGUCCCGUAUCAAUGUUUAAUUUUUUACAUUGUGGUUUAACUAACCCAUUGCCAGUUACAUUUCAACCAAAUCGUAAUCAAGCAAAGGAUAAUAUAUACGCAACCGAAGAACAAAUUGACAAAUGUAUCAUUACACAAACAGAUGAUAAUGAUGGAACACAAGAUAUUAACUCAGCAAUAUUACAAAAUCAUUUGGAUAAUAAUCAUUUAAUCACAGAUUAUUUUUAUUCAGAUUUUCAUAUUAAAUCCUCAAGAUCAUCAUCACUAUUGCACGAUAUAUCAAAAGUAUUUUAUAGACGAAAACAACAUUUGAUUAAUGGUGGUGAAAAAACGCAGAGAAAAAAUCAUCGUUGUUCAGUCAUGUAA